AUGGACAUAGAUUCAACAACUCAAAUCUUCGCUGUAAAUUAUUACCCGCCAUGCCCGGACCCGGAAUCCGAAAUCGGCCUACCGCCUCACACGGACCCUGGCCUAAUGACCUUUCUUCUACAGAAUGGAGUCGAUGGUCUAGAAAUUCAGCAUGAAGGAAAAUGGUUCCCCGUUGAUAUGAUUCCGGGCACCAUUUUCGUCAACACUGCAGACCACAUCGAGAUUGUGAGCAAUGGCAAGUACAAGAGCGUCUGGCACCGGUCUGUCGUGAAUGGUAAAAAAAGAAUUACACUGGUGAUGGGAAAUGGCCCAUCGCCGGACACCUCUGCUGAACCGGCUGCGCCGUUGCUUCGUCAUGAUCCGGCUAAAUAUGCUCCCAUGAAUUACAUGGAAUAA